AUGACCAAAGGCAAACAGAAUAGAAGGCCUGGCCUAAAUAAUUCUAACCACCCCAAGAGAACUUUUCACAAUGGUUUUUCAGGUGUCAAAAUAGCUCAGAUUAGGGCUGCCCUUGGAUUGUCUCAGGAUGUUGCAGGCGCAACUUUCAUGGCAGCGGGUAGUUCAGCUCCUGAGUUAGUUACUGCUUUCCUAGGUGUAUUUAUCACAAAGGGAGAUAUUGGCAUUAGCACCAUCCUUGGAUCUGCAAUUUAUAAUCUUCUUGGCAUCUGUGCUGCCUGUGGCUUGCUAUCUAAUACGGUCUCAACACUAUCAUGUUGGCCCCUAUUCAGAGACUGUGCAGCGUACACAAUUAGUGUAGCAGCAGUUCUUGGUAUAAUAUAUGACAACCAAGUUUACUGGUAUGAAGGAGCUUUACUGCUUUUGAUAUAUGGAUUGUACGUUUUGGUGCUGUGUUUUGACAUUAAAAUUAACCAAUAUAUUAUAAAGAAAUGCAGUCCAUGCUGCACCUGUCUUGCCAAAGCUAUGGAGAGAAAUGAACAACAGCCACUGAUGGGAUGGGAAGAUGAAGGUCAACCAUUCAUUCGUCGGCAAUCAAGAACUGAUAGUGGAAUAUUCUAUGAAGAUUCUGGCUACUCUCAGCUCUCUAUAAGUUUACAUGGUCUUAGUCAGGUUUCUGAAGAUCCACCAAGUGUUUUCAACAUGCCUGAAGCAGACUUAAAAAGAAUUUUUUGGGUAUUAUCCCUUCCUAUUAUUACAUUACUUUUUCUAACCACACCAGAUUGUAGAACAAAGUUUUGGAAAAACUACUUUGUGAUAACCUUUUUCAUGUCUGCAAUAUGGAUAUCUGCAUUUACAUAUAUCCUGGUUUGGAUGGUCACAAUAACUGGGGAAACACUAGAAAUUCCAGAUACAGUAAUGGGCCUUACUUUAUUAGCAGCAGGAACAAGCAUACCAGACACAAUUGCAAGUGUAUUGGUUGCAAGAAAAGGGAAAGGAGAUAUGGCUAUGUCUAACAUCGUGGGAUCCAAUGUGUUUGAUAUGUUGUGCCUUGGUAUUCCAUGGUUUAUUAAAACUGCAUUUAUAAAUGGAUCAGCUCCUAUAGAAGUAAACAGCAGAGGACUAACUUACAUAACCAUCUCUCUCAACAUUUCAAUUAUUUUUCUUUUUUUAGCAGUUCACUUCAAUGGCUGGAAACUAGACAGAAAGUUGGGAAUAGUCUGCCUAUUAUCAUACUUGGGGCUUGCUACAUUAUCAGUUCUAUAUGAACUUGGAAUUAUUGGAAAUAAUAAAAUAAGGGGCUGUGGAGGUUGA